ACCCCGGCCCCGCAAGCGCCGGCUCCGCUCCGCUCCCCGGCCGGGAAGGCUGCGCCGUGGAGCGGCGGCGGGGCCGGUCCGGAUGGGCUCGGGGAGCGCCGGGGCGGGCGCGGCCCCCGCCCGCCGCCCGGAGCGCAGCCCCGCAGAGCCGGAGCCCAGCGCGCUGACGGGGCUGUGUGGGCACAGCCUGGCCCUGCUCCUGUCCCCACGCGGCUGCAGCCAGGAGUUCUGGGCUCGCCCAGGAGCCCAUCCCGAGGGGUUGCCCAUGGAAUAGGCGCUUUUCCAGGCGCCUGGGCACAGCGGGAGGCUGAAGUUGGCUGCCCCGGGGCACCCGAGCUCGCCGUGCCCUGGAGCCCCCGGCCUCUGCCAUGAAUGAUGCAUCCACCAUGGAUUAUGAACUGCUCUCGCCGUCCCUGGUGGAGCACCCCGCCGGCGCCGCGGGCAUGGAUGCCGAGCAGAAAACUGUCUUUGCCUUCGUCAUCUUCCUCCUGGUGUUCUUGGUGAUGCUGAUGGUGCGCUGCUUCCGCAUCCUGCUGGACCCCUACAGCCGCAUGCCCGCCUCCUCCUGGACGGACCACAAGGAGGGCUUGGAGAGGGGCCAGUUCGACUACGCCCUGGUGUGAGGGGAGCCCGGGUGGGCCCGGGUCCCCUCCCCGCGCUGGCCCCGGCCCCGGCUCCCCCUCGCCCCGCGGUGUUCCCCGCAGGGAUGCUCCGGGCAGGGGGGCGAGGCGGGGGCUCCGGCCCCGGGGAGGUUUUCUAGGGGUUUCUCUCUUUUCUAAGCACUUUUCAGCUCUCUUGGCAGCCCGCGGGACGCUGGGGGACGCUGGGGGCUGGAGGGGGCUCGGGCUCGGCGCGGGCCCCGCUGCCCCUCGUGCCCCCGGGCACGGCGGAGGGGACGGGACGGGGCAUGGCGGGACCUGCCCUCGGCCCGCGGGGCCCCUGCGCUGGGCUCUGCCCGGUGCCAGGCCCGAGCUUCGACCCCUCCUGCCCCCCCCGUGCCCCCCGGCAGUGCCCCCGUGGUCCAGUGCGUGUCUGUGUGUCCUGUAGCUGAGCUGUGUCCGUCAGGGGUUUCUCGGCACCGGCCCCCAGUGCUGGCUUUGUUCCUCGUCUGUGCCACUCCCCAGCCCCCCAAACGGGAGGGGAGGGUGGAGACCCCCCCGUGCAGCCCCCCUGUCCCUGCCCAGCUGGUGACAAUGCAGCCAGGGGCGGUCCUGGGGACACCAGGACGGGUCAGGGGUCCCCAAAACACCCGGGGGAGGCUCCUGGGCCAGCACGGCCCUGGCAGCUGCCCCGAGCAUCCCUGCUGGGGUGCCCGGCCCUUCCCUGGCUCUCCGGGGCUCUGGAAGUGCCGGGGGGCGAGCGGGGGGCUGCAGGUGUCCCCGGGGCUGCCAGAGGCCAUGCUGGGCUCCUGCCAAGGGAUUUGGGGCUGGGGAGGGGGAGAAGCUCGCCCCCCCUCCAUGGAAAUAAAGCAGCACCGUGCCGACCCCA